CAAACAAAACCCUACACUCCAGACUUGCACUUCUCUUCUCUCUGAUCUCUCCCAGCACUGUGCCUGCAAUGCGUACCUCUGCCUCACCACUUGCCAAUAGGAUCCUGCCAUGUCAGCACAUCAAGGUGGGACCCUUCUGAUGACGAGCUGUAGUACAUCCGCUUUUCCUCCAUUCUCCUGAUCUUUAAAGAUAAUGGCGAACAACUCCAAAGAGGAGCCGAAGACGGCGCCGCAACCCGAUCGCUGGUACAAUCUCAGGCUCGGCUCUUCCUUCAAAGACGAUUCGUCUAACAAGUACCGCACGCUGCGAUAUGAAUUUAAGCCUGCCUCAAUUGAUAAGACAAAGCGGGGAAGCUUGCACAAGAAUAAGGACAACAGGGUUUCUGUGGAAUUUCAAAACAAUCAGUUAGGGAAACCUAAAGUGACAUUUGAGGGAAGUAGUGAAGAUUACAAAGAAAAUGAUGCUGUUUUGCUUUUUGAUGGUCAAACAUUGCGGUUAGAGCGGCUUCACCGGGCGGUCAAGCAGCUGAGGCACCUUCGAAUGCCUGGUGAAUCUGUGUCGGCAGUUGCUGCUGCUGCCAUUGAGGCAAGGUUAUCUCCGGUUAGGAAGGGUUCUAAACCUGUGCAUCCAAGUAGAAACACAUUUCCUGCUGUGCCAUUUGAAGUGGAAAAAAUUGAUAUUGGCCAGCCAGAGAAUUCAGCUGCGAAACCUGCUGGUAAAGGGAUUGCUGCUCCAUUUGAUCAAGCAAAUGUGUCUGCCACCUCACCAAGGUCUAAAAAUGACGAUGGUGAGGAACAUCAAGAUAUAGAUUUGGUUGACAUAUUUGGUGAUGGCAGCCCAGAUGAUGGAAAUACCACUGAACCAAAAAUAGAUGCUGGAUAUGAUGUUAAGGUGCCCCGACACCAUGACACUGAUGAUGAGAUCGCUGAUGUAGAUGAUAGUGGCGAUGAAGCAGUCAAGGGUCCCAACGCUGCAGAAGCUUUAAGAGCCCAGGUGAAGGGGCCAAACGCUGCUGAUGCCCUUAGAGCCCAGGUGAAUGCAGCAGAGAGGGGUGAGCAGUCCUCAAGUUCUAGCAGUGGGAGUGGAAGUGGAAGUGGUAGCGGAAGUAGUAGCAGCAGCGACAGCGAUGGCAGCGAUGAAGACUCAGUUAACUCCAUCUGAGGACUCGAGCGAACCAUCGAAAACUUACAAGUAAACAACAUUCCAAGAGAACCAAAGACACAAGUAAGGGAUCAAUAGUUAUACAUUUUUCCUGCCAUAUAAAAUGUAAUAAGCCAUCCCAUUUUUUUGGUACAAUGUUUUGUUUAAUUUCUUUGAGAUUGGUGAACAAAAAACCUAAAGAUGUUAUGGUGGUGCCCUAUAAAAAAAGGGAGCCAAAAUAAUUAUGUUUUAUUUAUAUUUGGCAGCAAAGCCCAAAUCUGAGGUGAGUGAUUGCAAAUUUUGCCUGAAAUCAAUCUGGUUAUUUUCUGAUAAAUGAAAGAAGGGACUUGAAUCCUUUGUUCA